GCUUUUAUUGCCAAAUCUUGAACCAUUGUAUGGACAGCUGAAUUCUCGGGAAGAAAUUCAACCACGAUCGAUCUUUGUUCAGUUGGGAUACAGCUAGUAAUUGUCUCAAAACCAGAGGAAUACAGGCCUGCCAUUGCACGUACGGAUUAUGAAAUGGAGUAGGGGAAGGUCGUGAGGUGUAAUAUGGCCCCGCUUUGCAGCUGCAGUAAGCGGAACUGUUGACGAUGCUAAACUGAGGUUUCAGUAAGGGAAAUAACUAAUAAAUAUUUUGAGCAAAUCUGACCUACAGGUAAGUAGAUCCCUUUGUUUUAAAGGACUGCUUCUCUUGCAUGGAUAUUACAUCUGGAAACUUCGUUGGGGUGUUUUUUACUAUGUUAAAAUGCUACUGAUUAAGAAGUAUUGUUUAUUUUUUAAUAUUUUAAUUUUCGUUCUUUUGUGAGGAGAAAUUUUUAAGUGUGAAGCAACUCACGAAAAAUUAAGAAGGAAUUCUCUAGAUUUUUUUUCUUGUCUUGAAAAGAGGAUGUUUAAUGGAUGUGCGUGCCUUUGAAGUCUGAAAUAAUGUUAAUAUAUGCACAAAACAUCAACAGUCGACUUCUUUUGUAAUUGGCUUUUUUCCAAUUAGGAAUUUUGCAACCUCUGCCAGCAACUGGGUAUCAUAGCAACGCGAACUGGGCGCUUGGUUCCUGUCCAAUCUCCUUUCAUUCAGUAAUUGGAGGACGACAAAAUUUCUAAAAGUCGUAUCGACACCGCAUUGAUGUCUGUGCUCUCUUAAUGAGCUGUCAACCAAAGCGACUGAGCUGGAGAUGGAAUCAUUGACUCGAGAGCAAAUUGGAGAAUACCGGGAAGCCUUUAAAUGCUUUGAUUUGAACGAAAAUGGAACAUUAUCGACCAAGGAGUUGAAAUAUGCCAUGCGCAUGCUCGGAUCAAACCCAACCGAUUCCCAAGUGCAAGAGCUGGUGAAUGAAAAAGAUUUUGAUGGAGAUGGGACGAUCAAUUUUGAAGAAUUUGUAAAUAUGAUAGAGGAUCAAAAUAGCGCGGAGGACGAAGAUAAUUUAUUUACGAUAUUUAGUGUUUUCGACCCUGAACAUAACGGCUUUGUUGAGGGAAAAAACAUAAAGAAGUCUCUUCUUUGUCUGGAUGAUGUUCCCGUAGAGGAACUGGAUGAAAUUAUACAAAAAGCCGGAAUAACAGAUGACAGAAAAUUAACUAUGGAAGAGUUUUCUACUCUUCUCGUACCACUGAUAUACAAGUCAGGAAGAAUACUACGAUAUCAUGAAAAAACCUGGACAAGAAGCAACAAUUUUGAAGCGAUCUCAGAGUCAAACGUUGAAUAUAUUUAAAAGUAUUUAAUUUAUUAGACCAUUACAUGAUAUAAUAGAUAAUGUUUCUCUUACUUUGAGCGGUAGAGACAAUUUCUUCCCUGAAAUACAAAACCGGAUUUUGUUUGUCUUCGUACAAACAUCGAAUUUCUAGGUGGUCUCGCAAUAAUGUUUUGAAUUAGGUCUGGAGGAGCUUAGAGAUAAGAACAUUGUAUACUUUUUUUUUUUUUAAGAAAGGGUGCAGUACACUCUUAGAUAGGUAACGAAAAUGAUCAAGUGGUUUUAACUGACGCUUAAACAAAACUGUGUGCAUGGUUUUCCUCUCGAAAAUUGGGAAAUUUUGACGGUCGAAAGUGAUCUGAGCAUGCAUUGGAUUAUUCGCUUUAUUUCGCGCUGUGAUUAGUUUACGAAUCUCACAACACGUUCUCAACCAAUCAGAUUCAAAUUAAAACCAAUCGCGAGUGUCUCACUCGCAUUUUUUCGCGCCUCAGGAGGUUUGCUGCUUUCAACUUCGUUUGAGCGUUCCAUAUUGCCUUUUUGACAUAUUUUAUUCGCUCUGAUUGGUUUUUCGGCACCAGAUCAAUAGAUAGCUAUCCGUUUACUGCCUGACCCCCUCCAAAAACAAGUAUUUUUAAGAUUGCGUCUUCCGUCUUUUACGGCGUAAAGCCUGGGCUAAUCUCAGAAGCGUUACGUAAACUUGCGUGACGCAUAAGAAG